ACACCAUACAAACAUAGACCCGUCUCACGGAUGAAUGGGCCUUUUCACAGUACGGAAUCGUCAGCGGCUAUAGGCUCAAGAUUUUUUUCAUGUACCGUAUAAAGUCUACAGCACGUACUUUGCAUGUGAAGUUUGUUUCUCUCUUGCUUUGCCUACCAACGAACGACACAUCUGGCAUUGUGCUAUCCAGCCGUCUACUCCAUAAUCAUCAUGUAUAAACCAGAUUGGAUCUAGGCAGAGCUCUGUAUAAAGUAGAAGUACUUGUCUUUGGCGUUCUCUUUUUCUCGCUCUCUCCAUCGAGGGGAUAAAACGUUAUACCAGACCUGCCGUCUGGAGUAAAACCAUUGGCUUAUCGUACGGAGCCGUAGCGGGCAAUUUUCCUUCGGAGAUUCGCUAGCUAUACGGAAAGCACGGUGUCGACUGUCACUCUAUCGCGAGGUGCUGGUAGAUUGGUAGAAAUACUGGUAUACGUCGGAUCCUCUUCUUUUUUCAACUUGGUCACGGAAUAUGUUUUGGCAGUUUACCGCCGUAUGUGCUAUGGAGAGCUAGGGACUGGUAAUCCGACGUCAAAGUUAUUACUUUGGAAGAAUAUAUGAAUUUGUAGCUGGAGUGAGUUUCUGUAGUUUCGCUGGAGCGAUUCUGAUUCGUCUUCCGGUCGUGACGGAGAUUUUGUCGCGCGUAAUUUGAAAGGGUUCCUGGAGUCGUCGCCGUGAGUCACUGGUUGUGUUUCCCCAUGAGUCUCUAAGCAUCCAGCGAUGUACUCGUCUGAUGAUGCACGCUGCUGUAGUCGGUUGGAGGGUUAUGCCAGCUCAUCAUUGCCUCAACAACUCAACUUGAUUACUACUUCCUCACCCGUAUAUUGGAGCUCAGAGAGCUAGCCAGGCACUAUGUACCGAGUGGAAAUGAAUCGAGCGGAAGUCAGUCAUAGUCACUCUAUCCGAUGGGCCGUGAUAGUUGCGGCAGACCUGCUAAUCGCGUUGUGCAGUAAGAAACCAGCUGCAGUCGAAGUAGAGGAGUACGAGUCGUGCUCCCAAAGCCCAACACUAGGAAUACCGCAUAACUUUCCCACCGCGGAACUUGUUGGCAAACUCGUGAAUACACGGCAAUACGCUGUGAUUACGUGGGAUAUAACCGGCAGGGAGAAUAUUUGGGAAACUUUUCCAAAUCCUUGUGACAUUUUAAAGUCUUUGUUAGCCUGGGAUCAUAAUCUUAACGUAUUGUGGAUAUAUAUUUUGCUACUGUGUUGUGUUUUAUUUUGUGUGAAAUUCUCAAGGAGCCGAGAGUGGGGGGCAACCGUCCAGCCACCAAGAUCAGGCUACACCACGCAGCAGGAGUCCUGUUUUCACACCAGCAGCGAACCUUCAAUCAUUCGGGACCGACGAAACCCCCAACUUUCAUCAGCGAGUAGGGAAUCAUCAUUAUCAACCUCACUAUCGCCGUCACGAUCACGACCACGACUACCAUCAUCACGACCAAGCAACAAGUGGGUCGACCAAUCAUUCUUCAAAUCCAGCAAACGACCGUCACCCGCCCGAGCGCACGUCGACAUCGCGCAACCUUUUCCCCGGUGCCGACACCUCGUCUUCAACCUCGACCGCAGGUUACCCGACAUCACACACGAACUCGACAUCGACACCAGCAAGACGGAGUCGUCUAUCACCGACCACCUUCUCGGCCGUUCCUUCCCGACGUCACUACCUCCACCUCCCGGAAGCGCCCAUCACCGGCCCCAUGGGUUGUAUAUUGUCAAAACGGAAUAAAAACCACGGCCUCGAAGGCGAUAUCAAAGUCACCGACCUCCAUGCCCGAAUCGACCCCCAGCCCACCACCCUCAUCGAGACAUCGCCCACGGUUCUCAAGUACCAAACACCACACUUCAGGGCCUCAGCUAAGGUUCGAUUCCCCCCUGUCAGCUCGUCGGAUACGUGGGAGGUGGGAUGGGUCCAAGGGUGCAGCAACAUGGAUUUCUUCAUCACCUAUGGAGACCUUGGCAUAUCAAGUUGGGAGAUUCCAGCGCUCAAGAGCGGUCAGCAACGUUUCGUGAGCGACUCGGACGGGAAACACUACCCCUGGUACGGGUGCACUACAGAAGUAGGGGUGAUCGUAGGACCUACGAACUGCUACACCGUGUGCCAUCUACGGAUGAACGAUAAUUUCCACCCCUCCAUCACAUGGGAUAUUCCAGUGCGCAACAGUCACGAGGUCAAACUAACGAAGCUUGCGCGCGACCAGAGUUUUACCGUGUGGUUGAUCGCGAGCAACAAGACGACCGGCCAGAAGUUUGUGCUACGUACGAUAAAAUGGCGGAUGCAGAUCAACAUUGCGGUGGACGGGCGACAACCGUUAGGUCGACGUGCACAUCUUUUGGACCCCAUCAUUCAGGAACAGCCACAAAUUCUGGAGCCAAAUCAGAACGAACUACCCCCUCCCGAAGCCUUACGCGCACCCAACGCCAACAACGCGCAAACUUUAAUAUGGAGACCCAUGACAGGGCGAGAAGUGGUCAUAGUACCGCCCGUAAGCCAGUAGCGAUGCCUACAUGGACAAUUGGACUUCUAAUAUUCAAACAACAUUUUUUCAAUCGUCAAGAAUCACAAUCAAAUGGAACCUAUGACUGUUUAAAAGAGCAUCAAGUGCUUGUUUUGAUAUUUAAGAGAAGACGAGAAAGAGAGCAAUACGUUUAUGUCACUGUCAACUGCCGAAUUUUUGCUUUACAAACCGUAACCAAUGAUUUUGAGGUAUUUCAAAUGAAUGGAUGACGUCGUUGUUUUUUGACAAACUACGUAAAAGACAGUACUUACUUAAAGUGUGAUAUUACUGACAAAGAAUGCUCGCAACUUUCCAGCGGUUAUGUGCAAUCUAGCUAUCAAGACUUUCUUCUCGUUGUUUUCCAGAUUAGAAGUUGACCAUGAUAAUGACCUCAAGGAAGUAAAGAAACGUAGCCUUUAACGGAUGAUAUUUAAAAGUGUAAAAGAACAACAAAAUUUGUAUAGUUUGGCCAUAUAAAUUGGACAAUUGAAACCGUCAGUGCCUUAAAAUAAUGAAGGAUCUUUAUUUUUAUCUUUGUAUUUUGAAGAAUGAUAAAUUCUACCAAUAAACGUAAAAAAUAGAUUUAUUGGCGUAUGUAUCACUUCUUAUGUAACGUGCGCCAUUUUGUUUUGCGCAGUUUGACCUUGUGCUUGUCUAACUGCGCAUGUCUUCCAGCCACGUGACCUGUUCUUUCAUCUGUGCCUUGAAAUCUCUGACAUUAUUCAACGACUGUCUGUAUGUGUGAUGUUCAGCGCAAGAAAUGCUGCAAGGGAGAAAUCUCGUUCAAUCCAAUUCAUCAGUCACACCGCCAAACCGACUCAAAACCUACCGAUUUGGGGCCGUAGGAAGUAACGUCAUUUUCUUUAUUCGUUGGUAGUCGGUCUGGCGUCUAUCUCGUUUGUGUGACAGGGGUUUAUGAACGACGAAUAGAAAUUAACAGAAGUCACCCUUCAUGCUCUUGCACCCAUCAAUAUUUUUCAAAAUGAUAAACUCGGAGUGGAAAAAAUUGAUAUUUCAUGAUAAAGUAUUCUUAUUCCCCCAAGUUGUGAAGUAGGAUAUUAAUGACGGAAAGGCUGAUAACAAAAGACUUUCAUUCCAAUUCAGUUUAUCACAAGAGAGCUCUCGGAAUAAGAAAGAUUCAUACAAAUGCGGGCACACUGCCUACUGGCCUAUGAUAAUAAGUGCAGUAGUAGCGCCUAUACGGCUUUAAGAAGUGUAAUGCGAUUUGCAAGCUUUCUCUGUUUACCUUUGGGAUUCUAUUAUUAAAUCACGUUUAUUGAUAAUGGAUUCUAAUUCGUGUUGAACUAACAGCUUCGGAAUUCAAGCGAAGGAAGAACUUAGGUAUUCAUUUUGAUGACCAAUGUUCGUAUAGGUAAAAUAAAACGUGUUCUGAACAGAAAAUAAGCUUACUAUAAUUUUGUGGAAAAAUAAAGGUUUACUAAUGUUCUUUUUUUCUAGAGGUGAGUUACAACUCUGUAAUGAUACAUGUAAAAUCAACAUGAACAUGCAAAAGAGUAGAAAGUGAGUUUCUUGGUGGGUAGAAUGCUAUUUUGAUCAAACAACUCGGUGUUAAAUCGGCCAAUGAUAAAGUGCAGCACUCCUUAACCAUCUCAAAUGAUCUACACUAUGUUUUCAGAGUGUAAAGUGUAUUGCUGAAGUCAAUAACUGAAUAUGACAUAAUCCAGUGUUCAAACGGUGCUAACAAUUUAGCACCGGUCUCAGAAACUACUGUAUUUGCCUUGAGAGGACACGAAUAGACGGUGUUAGUGUGGUGCUCCUGUGAAGCUACCGGUUAGUAAAUAUUUGGGAAAAACAAUUAUGUAUAUUUCCAAAAACAUUGUAACUUAUUUAUGACAAAACUAUGCAAAAGAAAUGGCUGUUGAUGGUGAAAGCAUAUGCAAAAUGUAAAUAGAAUUCCCCAUUGAUAAUGUGUUACAGAAUGUAGUCUUCCGCUAUAAAAGCAGAAAAUCUAUGGCCUUUCAUAAUUUCGAUUAUAGAGUAUUUUAUAAAAAUGUUUAUGGUUUUUAAUUCCUAAUGAAUGAUGACACCUUUAUUUCACAUGGAGUAUUUGUAUGUAUAUGUUAUUAUAAGGAACCGUGUUGAAAUGUUCAUCUCAUCACUUUCAGGGUUUAGUUUUCUAUUUGUUACUCCAAUGAAAGAAGUAUUUAUUCAAUUGUGCGGACAUCAAUUAGCCUUUUUUUUUCAGACACAAAAUGACGUGUUGUUUAUCUUGAUAUUUUUGCAUUGGCCAUCAAAUGCAUCAAUCAUGAUCACAGUUUUUAAAUUAUGAUCCCUACGCAUUAUUACACAUCAAAGCAACUCGUAUUACUUUUUGUUUAAAGCAGGCGCUGAAAGUAAUUCUAAUUUGUUUACAGUGUUUGUCAAAAUGAAAAUAUAUGAAACAUAAGCUAUUUUUAUAUGUUGUCAUACAACUUUCCAGAUCAUAGUCGAGAAAAAGGAAGAAAUUCUCUCUGUUUUUGCAAGAACUUAUGUUAUUUUUGUCAUCACUUUCGACACUCUGCAGGUUAUGAAUGAUUCCAAACGUACCUCUUUCAAUGUGUAUCUUUUGUCAACAUUUUUAAACAAAUAUUUCCGUGACAAAUGUUCAAGGAAACUGUGGAUGAUGCUGAUAAAAAAUGUGUUCAAUUUUUAUUUCAUUUGUAGGCCUACUUUUAUUUUCAUGAUUUUGUUAAUCAUUGGGAUUUUAUUAUUAUUUUGUCGAUAAAAAGAGUUAAUAUUGACGGCAAAAUCGAAUCAAAAUGUGCCAAUAGUGAUUGGUUACGGCCCGGUGGAUGAUGUAGGCGUUCCUUUAUUCAAAUUUGUUUGAUUAUUACGAUUCGGCUCUGUUUACUUUCUUUAGCGCGAGACAAAAUAUUGAUAUUUGAUUUAAAGUUGAUGUUUUAACACUAAAAUAAGCUUAGGCCACAUGAAUUGAUUUAAGCAGGACAUGAUAUAUUUUGAAAUGUAUCUAACUUAAAAAUAUUCGAUACCCUCUUCUCAAGAGUUUUUGUUGUCAUAAGUAGCCCUACGACAGAAUUUAGAGGAAGAAUCUGGCGCGCCCUCAAGCAGAGUAACUCUGGUUGAAUUAAUGACUGUGGCAUAAAGAAACAAAAGAGAUAGGAUUCCCCGGGCUACACUACGUUGUUAAGUGUGCUUGCUUACAUCACUAAGCAUAGCAAGCAUCAGUAGUACUCCUGUCUAAAAAUACAUUAUUUCUGACAGAGCAUCCUCGCUUAAUAUCUAACCUACACCUCUUGAAAGAACCAGUCACAAGAUUAAGCUGGGUUGUUUAUUUUCGCUGACAACUCAUUCUAAAAAUAAGAAAAUUAAAGAAGGACCAUAAUAUACUACAUGUAUUUUACUGUUCGGUGUCGAGAAGCCACUUUGAAAAUAAUGGUAAUAAAACGACUUUACAAAAAGAUCACUUAACGUGCAACCAAUCUCAAUAACGUAUUUUGGACUUCGGUUUGAAUUUUUUUUAUAUAGUUGCAUUUUAUCACAACGUUUAAUACUAGCAACACCAGUUCAGUGCUGUUUUUUCUUUUCAAUUUCUUAACUUUGAUUUUAUCGUUGAUUGUAUAACGGCAUCUUUUACAUUCCGACAUGAUCAUCAUGUUUGCUGUCUUUUCAUGCUGUACGUCAUUGAAUGCUUUCGCUGAAUCCUUUCAAUAUUAAGAAUGUUUUUUCGAUUUGUUUAGAUUCAAGGUUAAAGUGCCAAUCUAUUUAAUUGUUUAUGUUCGCCAUACCGGGUUGGUAGGGUCAAUGUUUUGUCUGCUUCCGCAUCUUUCUUCGUAUACAGGUAUUUGCGAUCAGUGUUAGUUUUCUCCUGUUUGUUUUUUUAAGAUUUAUUUUAUUUAAUGGGAGUUUGUUCCAAGGGUUUCAAAUGUAUGGAGUUUCUUUUAUUGUGACGAUUCCCUUCACACAGUCAUGCAUAAUAUUCAUGCAUGUGUCUUACUUAUUCAUGUAGGCUUGCAUUAAGAUGCCGCAGUUUGCAAAUAUAAAUUUUGUUACUCUGUCGGGAUAAACCUCACACAAGCUUCCUUACUGCUACAACCAUGAAAGAGGUAUACAUGAAAUUAACUUAGUUUCGAUCCGGUUCAUUGCGAGUCGGGAAGGGUAAGUUUGAUUUGAUUUUGAGCAAUAACGAUUGGCCUUCCUGAUAUGUCUUUUUGUGAAUUUUGUAAUAUAUAUAUUGUGUACAGUAGUCAUUAAUAACUAGAUAGCAACAACGGUGCAAUAAAAAAAAUUCCUGUGAGACAGUCACACAA